AUGGCGUUCCCAAUCAAACAAUUUGUAACUUAUUUAACGUUUUCCUUAUUGCUAUUAACCCAUUUGGUCUCUGCUCACACAGUAUUAUUACCAUCAAGAGGACGUAGAUGUUUUUAUGAAAAUUUGAGUAAGGGUGAUGAGCUAUCUGUCUCCUUUCAAUUUGGUGAUAGAUCACCUACUUCUACUGAGCAACAAAAGGGUGAUUUAAUUGUUUAUGGCUCCUUAAGAAAUGAAGUUUUAAAAAAUUUACGGGAUGUUUCUCACGGCGAGGUCACAUUGGAUGCCCCAUAUACCGGGAAAUUCCAGUAUUGUUUUUUAAAUGAUAGAUAUGCUAUCGAUACUAAAGAUGUUACCUUCAAUGUGUAUGGCGUUGUUUAUGUUGAUUUAGAUGAUCCAAAUGCAAAUACUUUGGAUAGUGCCGUUAGAAAAUUAAGUAAAUUAACCACUGAGGUUAAAAAUGAACAAAGUUAUAUUGUCAUAAGAGAAAGAACCCAUAGAAAUACUGCCGAAUCUACCAAUGAUAGGGUUAAGUGGUGGAGUAUUUUCCAAGUAUUUGUUGUGAUUUUCAAUUCUUUAUUUCAGAUAUAUUAUUUGAAGAGAUUCUUUGAGGUUACGUCCUUUGUUUAA